AUGAUGAGAGCUGCUUUCGUUUUGGUUAUCGUUUGCUUGGCUGCCGUUUUCGCUCAAUAUGAUGAUAUCAGGUACUGAAAACAUUUUUGAUGUAGAUAUAUAAAUCACAAUGUUUUCAGCAAUGAAAAACGGGCUAUGCGAAACGCGUUGGUCAGAUUUGGACGUGCAUCUGGAGGUAUGAGAAACGCUAUGGUUCGGUUCGGAAAACGUUCGGCAGCACUAGAAGAUGAGGAAGAAUAUGUGAGCCCAUUGGCUGGCAAACGUAACGGAGCACCACAACCAUUUGGUGAGUUUUGAGCACAGAAUUUUGGAUGAAAUCUGAACUCCCUGUUUCGGAAAUGUAGUAGCCCUUUAAAAAAUCCCACUCAAAACGACUACAGUACCUCAUUUCUUUUCGAAAAAUCCUCCAAAUUUUUGCAGUCCGCUUCGGUCGAUCAGGACAAAUCGAUCAUAUGCACGAUAUUUUGUCAACGAUUCAAAAAUUGCAAUUCGCCGGAAACUAA